AUGUCGAAUGCAGACACGCCUAUCACCGCCAUUGAUUCCUUGGACGAGAUGAUCGCCCCCCGAGAAGGCUCUUCGCAGCCGUCGACCCCGAUGACGGAUCAAGACACCAAGACCGCGGCGCAGGACAAAAUGGAUAUCGCGGAGGAUAUUGAGGGAAUGGAUGUCAAGGCGAAGGCGCUGAUGCACCUUCUCAAUACUAGUGAGGUUUUUGUCGCGAUUAUGGCGGAUAAAAUGAAGAAGCAGCAGGAAGGGGCCAGGCUGGAAGCAGCUAGGCAGCAAGAGCAACUGCAGAAACCGGAGCAGAAGACGGAGCCUAAGUCGAAGGCUGUCGCGGAGCCGGUUGGACGGCGACAGACGCGCACGAGUGCAAGGCAGUUGGCGAAUACGGCAACAGAGGCUCCGGCUCCGGCUCCGGCUGAGGAUGUGAAGAAGGAAGAACAAGAGACUGGCAAGACAAGGAGGGGCCGGGGAAGGAAGCCUGCUUCUGCGGCUACGAACGGAAAUACUAUCUCGAGCUACUUUAAGAAGGCGGAUGUGAAAGUUGACGAGGACAAGCCGACGGUUCAGGAGGCAUUGGAACAUGCUGCGGAUGAGUACGAGGCGAAUCCGACAGCGCUAGGUGGUCAGGAAUUGGUUGCCACACAGCAGCCGGGAUUGGUGACUGGGGGUCAGAUGAAGAAGUAUCAGUUGGAGGGCUUGGAGUGGCUCAAGUCGCUUUGGAUGAACGGCCUGUGCGGCAUUUUGGCAGAUGAGAUGGGUCUUGGGAAGACUGUUCAGGCUAUCUCCUUGAUUGCUUUCUUCAAGGAGAAGAACAUCUCUGGUCCCUUUCUGAUCGCCGCGCCGUUGAGCACGGUGAGCAAUUGGGUGGAUGAGUUUGCAAAGUGGACGCCCGAGAUCAAGACGGUCUUGUACCAUGGGUCGAGAGACGACCGCGCAGAGAUUAGGAGGAAAUAUAUGAACAUCAAGGAUCAGCGGAGCACCGACUUCCCGGUUGUCUGCACUUCCUAUGAGAUUUGCAUGAAUGACCGGAAGUUCCUUGCGCAGUAUCAGUGGCGGUAUAUCAUUGUGGACGAAGGCCAUCGCUUGAAGAAUAUGAACUGCAAGUUGAUCAAAGAGCUACUCACCUAUAACUCGGCGAACCGGCUCCUCAUCACGGGUACGCCAUUGCAGAACAACAUCACCGAACUAUGGUCACUAUUGCACUUUCUGCUGCCGGAGAUCUUCAAUGACCUCAGUAGUUUCCAGAGCUGGUUCGACUUCUCGUCCAUGCUGGAUAACAAUGGUCAGACGGAUGUCAUGGAGCGUCGGAAACGCACGCUGGUCUCUACAAUGCACUCAAUCCUGAAGCCCUUUCUCCUCCGUCGGGUGAAGACUGACGUCGAGACAUCUCUUCCCAAGAAGCGGGAAUACAUCCUGUAUGCGCCCUUGACCACAGAGCAAAAGGAUCUCUACCGCGAAAUCCUCAACGGCACUGGUCGCCAGUAUCUUGAGGGGAAAGCCACAGAACGUCUCAUGGCCAAGAGCGGGAGACUCUCGCGAUCCCAAAGCCUGAAGCGCAGCGCCGAUACCAGCGAAGCUUCGUCUCCAAGCAAAAGUCUCAAGUCUAGUCGUUCUUCCACUCCAGCCAGUGCACUACUCACACCCCGGAGACGCGGCAAGGUAUCAAGCUACAAGGAACUCAGUGACCGUGAAUUCGACGCGAGACUACGGCGACUCGAGCAAGGAGUAGAAGAAGACCUGGAUCUCGCCGAGCCCAGCGAGACAGAACAAGAAGAGCAAGAGAGAGCUAAAACCAUCCGACUUGCCAAGAAAGAAAUCGCACAAAAGAAAAUGCAAAACCCAGUGAUGCAAGCACGACUGGCCUGCAACUCCCCUCACAACUUCUACUGGCCCUGGCACGAGGACCCAACCUCCAUCGACGAUACCCUCGUGACAGCCUCCGGCAAAAUGCUCCUCCUCGACCGUCUCGUCCCCUGCCUCAUCUCCAAAGGCCACAAAAUCCUCAUCUUCUCCCAAUUCAAAACCCAACUCGACAUCCUCCAAGACUGGGCCACGCAGCUCCGCGACUGGAACUGCUGCCGUAUCGACGGCGCCGUGAGCCAAGAAUCCCGUCGCGCCCAGAUCAAAUCCUUCAACAUCGACCCAUCCUACAAGCUCUUCCUCCUCAGCACCCGCGCCGGUGGCCAAGGCAUCAACCUCAUGGCCGCCGACACCGUCAUCCUCUUCGACUCAGACUGGAACCCACAGCAAGAUCUCCAAGCCCAGGACCGCGCCCACCGCAUCGGCCAAACCAAGCCCGUCAUCGUCUACCGCCUCGCUACCAAGGGAACCGUGGAGCAAACCCUGCUCGAGAAAGCGAAUUCGAAGCGUCGUCUCGAGCGCUUGGUCAUCCAAAAGGGAAAAUUCCGCAGUCUGCUGGACUCUGGUCUUAACCAUACCGACAUUGACGACUUGAAGAAAGCCCUUGGACAGGACGAGUAUGAGCGGUUCGAGACAGGGGCGGAUCCAUCGGCGCUGCUCUCGAAGAAGGAUCUGGAUAUCCUGACGGAUCGGAGCGAGGAGGCGUAUGCCCGCGCCGAGAAGGGCUUGGAUACCACCGGCCGGGCUUUUAUGGCCGUGGAGACGAAGAGGGGUGGGGAUGGCUUGAUGGCGCAGAUAAUUGGGAAGUGA